AAUGUGAAUUGUGAAUAAUAAUAAAAAAAAAAAAGAACGAAACAUGGCAUACAAUACCGACGUACACGUGAUUCGGUAGUUAUAUUGAAGUCAGAUUCAAACGAUGCACUGUCACAUCGUCACCAAGAGACUUAACAUCCGCUAGAGUAUAAUAUAUAUUAUAUAUGAUAAAUUAAAUGUCGAACCUUGAACAGUAGAGCUGUAUACCUAAGACAUCAGUCGUUAAGACUAGCCUGCUAACUAAAACGUUUCACGGAUAUGGAAGAACCAAAUAUCAAUAUGAGUGACUUACGACGAAUUACAAGCAUGAUUCAAAAUUAUUCAGUAUCUUGUCCAGAAAAACCAGACAAGCGGUAUUUAUUUCAAAUUAAAGUGUAUUGGCUGUCAAUAGUCACUUUACUUAGUGUAUUGGUUACCUUUGUGUUUUGUGUUUUAUGGACUAUACUUUUCAAAUUGGAAGAUGCUACAUCAACACAUUGUGGCUAUCGAGUUAAAAAUUACUUGCCAACAAUAUCAACUGCCGUGGGAAAUUAUCCUGUACAGCGAUUUAUUUGGACUUUAGUCAUAAUCGCUCAUAGUCCAAUAAGGCUUAUUGUUGUUGGUAUAUAUUACCAAUACUACACUAGUAUAAUUAAACCAUCAUUACAUUGGUGUGCUGUAUUAUUAAGAUUUUUAUCCACUGUUGAAGUAUGCUCAUUAGUUGUAUUAUCAAUAUUUACUUCAUCAGAUUAUUACAGUAUUCAUGAAAAAAGUUUUGUCACAUUUAUUUGUGCUUCUGAACUUAAUAUGGUUAUUUCUUCUAUCUUAUUGAAAAAAGGACGUAUUACUAAAACAGUUAUGACAAAAUUAGAAGUGCGGUCAUUAAAAUAUAAAAUAUAUUUUACUGUUUUCAAUAUGACCAGCUUUGCGAUUGCUGGAUAUUGUUUUUUACGACAUAAUGCUUACUGUGAAUCUGGUGUGUAUACAUUUUUUGCUCUCUUUGAGUAUUUAGUUGUGUUGAGCAAUAUGGCAUUCCAUCUUACAUCAGUUUGGGAUCUAGCAGGUGUAUCAUUGGUGAUUGACGAUAAUUUAAACCUCACCUAUCGAUGACUGAAGUCUAAGUAUAUUUAGUAUAGUGCUAUGAGAUACAAACCAAACAUCAUGUCUAUUGUUUGAUUAUGUGCCUACUAAAAUGUGAUAUUAAUACCAAAUCAAAUUAUAGAAACACAAUUAAGAUAUUUUAAUUGUUUUAAUUUUUAUAUUAACAAAUAGGCUAUAGUAUAUUAGUUUACAUAAAAUAUUGGUAUCUGACUUAACAUAAAACAUGUUUAAGAUUGUUAUGUUUUAAUUAGUUGGUAAGUAUUAUUUUAUGAGAAUAUUUUUUAUUAAAUGCUAUAAGAAAGUAAUAAUUUUUUUGUUAAUAUACAUUACAUUUUUAUUAAAAGAAAUAUUUCUAAGCUAAUUAAUAAUUAUUGAUAUAUUUAUAUUUAUAAAAAUAUUGUUAAUUAAAAUGAAUCUCAUAUUUUUACACAACUUUUUUUAUGAAAAAAAUAUAUUUUAACGUUCUGUCUGCUAGUCUAAUUUAUUUUCUAAAAUAUAUUGGUAGUUAUAAAGCAGUAAAAUUAUUAGAAGAACUAACAAAUUAGUUUUUUAUGAAAGUUAUUUGUAGGAAUAUUUUUAUAUGUUUAUGAUUCCUGUACGCUUUAUUAAUUUUAAAACUUAUUUUUUUUUUUUUUUAAUAUUUAAGCACAUACAGUAUAAAUACAAAAUAAUAUAUAUUUGUUAUAUCGGUAUUAGAGUACAAUAUAUUGUUGAAUAAAUAUUGAAUGUUUUUAUUUUUGUAUUAUGAAUCUUUAUUACUAGCUAUACAAAUUUAAAAUAAUACAUUAUAUUUUUUUAUACAUUCAAAGAAUUCUUUGAUAGUUGAUAGUUUUAUCAAUUAUACAUUUUUUUUUAAGUUUUUUAACUUUAUGAUAUUGUCUUUGUAAGAAAUUUUGAUUUGGGAAAUAAUUUUCAUAGUUAUUAUAACAAAACAAAAUAUAGUAUUAUUUACCUACUUUCUAGUUAAUAAUUCUUUGUUGUAACUUCUUAUAAGCUAAUUCAUAUGUUAUAUGGGCGACUAACUAAAAACACAAUUUAGUCUCAAGCAAGAAAUAUUAAAUUUUCAACCUAAAUUUUAAUUAAGUUACGUUUUUAAGUCUAUUACUAUGUGUAGUUUUAUACAGUUAUGAAUACAUUUUAAUGAUUGAACUAUUA